AAUGUGAAAUUAAGGCGCGCUUUGGAAGAACAUGAAGCCAGAUUCACAAAUUUAGAGCAGAGAGAUAAAGAAAAGACCAACCUUAUUGCUAAAUUAGAUGACGAUAUCAAAGAAAUCAAACAAACUUCAACUAAUACCAGUUCUUUUAAGAAUCCUAAUAAUGCUGUCGCCGAAAGGCAACUAGAAAAGAUGGGGUCCCAAAGGGACCUGGCAAGGCCAUCAAAUACGUCUGAUAACACAUCCAAUUCUGAUUCUCAAUUACAUAAGAAAGUAGCAGAGAAUAUUGUUAAGGAUGUAUUUGAUUUCACGGCUACUUCAACAUCUGAGAAAAAUCAUGCGACUGAAAUUUUGCUGACGCCCGUCAGUGAAAAUCAUGUGACCGAAAAUAAUG